AUGGCCUCGCUGGACCUGCCCUACCGCUGUCCUCGCUGCGGCGAGCACAAGCGCUUCCGCAGCCUGUCCUCGCUGCGCGCCCACCUGGAGUACAACCACACCUACGAGACCCUCUACGUGCUCUCCAAGACCAACAGCAUCUGCGACGCCGCCGUCUUCCCGCUGGCCGCCGACGCGGCCCUGCUGGCCCCGGCCGCCCGCAGGGACUACUUUGAGAGCACCUCCUUCCAGGGCAAGGACCAGCGCUUCUCCUGCGACCUGGUCCCCGCCGACGAGCUGGAGCCGGCGCCGUCCUCGUCGCCCUCGCCCCGCUAUGUGCACGAGAUCGAGAUCCCGCUGAGCGAGAUCUUCACCCGCGGCAAGGCCGUGGCGCCCGCGCCCGUCCCGCCCGCCGCCGCGGACUCGGCCUACGAGGAGGGCCUGGCCCGCCUCAAGAUCCGCGCCUUCGAGAAGCUGGAGGUGGACAAGAGGCUGGAGAAGCUGACGGAGGAGGUGGAGCAGAAGAUCGCCUCGCAGGUGGGCCGGCUGCAGGUGGAGCUGGACCGCAAGAGCUCGGAGCUGGAGAAGGCCAAGCAGGAGAGCCUGCGGCUGAGCCGGGAGAAGCAGGAGCUGGAGGACCGGGCGUCGGAGCUGUCCCGCCAGGUGGACGUCAGCGUGGAGAUGCUGGCGUCCCUCAAGCAGGACCUGGUGCAGAAGGAGCAGGAGCUCACCCGCAAGCAGCAGGAGGUGCUGCAGAUCGACCAGUUCCUGAAGGAGACGGCGGCGCGGGAGGCCAACGCCAAGGUGCGGCUGCAGCACUUCAUCGAGGAGCUGCUGGACCGCGCCGACCGCGCCGAGAAGCAGCUGCAGAUCAUCAGCAGCAGCUGCGGCACCACCCCCAACGGCAGCCUGGGCCGCUGCGGCACCCCGGCCACCAAGGCCAUCGCCCGAGCGGGACCUCUGCGGGCACAGAGAGAGCGGCACCCGGGCCCGGCGGUGGCCGUGCACGGUCCCUACGGCGGCGUGUGCAACCAGCGCUCCUCCUCCAGCACCGGGGCCUCGAGCCGGGCCAAGGCCGUGUCGCAGAGCUCGGGCUGCUACGACAGCGACAGCGCGGAGCCGUGUCCCACGGACGACACGGCCGAGGGCCACCCGUACGCGGCGCGGGAGGCGCGGGGCUCGGGGCUGCGCCGCCAGGCCAUCCAGAACUGGCACCGCCGGCCCUACCGCAACAGCACCGAGGGCGAGGAGGGCGACGUGUCCGACGUGGGCUCCCGCACCACCGAGUCCGAGGCCGAGGGCUGGGAGCCCGAGGCACCGGGAUCCGCCGCGUCCCGACCGCCCGGCAGCUGCCGCCUGACGGUGGCCACCGACGCUGUGUGUCCCGCGGGCAGGCCCGAGGGGGCCGGGGGCAAGGUGUGCCGGCUGGAGCGGGGCAGCCCGGGCCACUGCAGCGAGGUGAUCAGCCCCGAGAUCCUCAAGAUGCGGGCGGCUCUCUUCUGCAUCUUCACCUACCUGGACACCAAGACCCUGCUGCGCGCGGCCGAGGUGUGCAAGGACUGGAAGUUCGUGGCCCGGCACCCGGCCGUGUGGACACGGGUGCUGCUGGAGAACGCCAGGGUCUCCUCCAAGUUCCUGGCCAUGCUGUCCCAGUGGUGCACCCAGAUGCAUUCCCUCACCCUCCAAAACCUGAAGCCGCGCCAGCGGGGCAAGAAGGAGAGCAAGGAGGAUUACAUGAAGAGCACACGGGGCUGCCUGGAAGCGGGGCUGGAGUCGCUGCUGAAGGCCACGGGCAGCAACCUGCUGAUCCUGCGCAUCUCGCACUGCCCCAACGUGCUGACCGACCGCUCGCUCUGGCUGGCCAGCUGCUACUGCCGCGCCCUGCAGGCCGUCACCUACCGGAGCUCCACGGACCCCGUGGGCCAUGAAGUGAUCUGGGCCCUUGGAGCAGGCUGCAGGGACAUCAUCUCCCUGCAGGUCGCACCUCUGCAUCCCUGCCAGCAGCCGACACGCUUCAGCAACCGCUGCCUGCAGAUGAUCGGGCGCUGCUGGCCCCACCUGCGCGCGCUCGGCGUCGGCGGCGCCGGCUGCGGCGUGCAGGGCCUGGCGUCCCUAGCCCGGAACUGCAUGAGGCUGCAGGUGCUGGAGCUGGACCACGUGGCCGAGAUCAACCAGGAGGUGGCAGCUGAGGUGUGCCGGGAGGGGCUCAAGGGGCUGGAGAUGCUGGUGCUGACCUCCACGCCGGUGACCCCCAAGGCCCUGCUGCACUUCAACAGUGUGUGCAGGAACCUCAAGUCCAUCGUGGUGCAGGUGGGCAUUGUGGACUACUUCAAGGAGCCCCACAGCCCCGAAGCCAGGAAGAUGUUUGAAGAAAUGGUGAACAAACUGCAGGCCCUGAGGAAAAGACCUGGCUUCUCCAAGAUUUUACACAUCAAGGUGGAAGGAGGCUGUUAGCCCUUCAGGGAGCCCAAAGCACAUUCCCUGCUCUGUCCCUGAGCCCAGAGCCCCGGCGGGGCCGGACGGGGACCCCCGGCUCGGGCACCAGGACCCCCAAACUCUCGCAGCCCUCGGGGCCGUGCCGGGUGACAAGGUGCUACUCAAGGACAAGUUUUGGCUGCCCCCAGAGCCAGGCCCGUGCUCUUUGCCAGCAGGGAGGAUGGCCGUGCAGCCCUGCGGCUGCUCCCCGCCGAGGGUCCGCCUCUGGGGCCGGCUGUUGCAAGAACUCUGCUCUGGGGAUCCCUGACCCCGUUCUGGGGCUCUUGGCUGGGCUGGCCACUGCAGCCCCAUGGUGCUGGACCUGGGGUGGGAAGGGGCUGCUCCUCCCCCAGCAUUCCCACAGGGUUUCUGCUCCUUUUCCUUUGGGAUCUGGCAGAGGGGCCCCCGAACCCGGGAGACGCUCCCAGGAACCAGCAGCCAGCACAGCACAAGCCCAGGAGCAGAGCUGCACCUCGGGAGCCACGGGACACCAGGAGAGAGGGUGCUCCUCCAGAGGGCUCCAGCCUCACUUCCUCUCCACCACACCCCUCCUGCCAAGGCAAUAAACCACCUCCAAAUCCUCACCCAGCAGGAAACACGGGUCACGCUCCUGUCCCCACCACCCUCACCCAGACUCCAGCCGGGGUCCGUGGUCCCACGUGGAGAGAGAGACUGGCACAGGACACCCACGUUUGCCUUCCCGAGCAGCCUGAAGGAGAAACCUGGCCAGAUUAUCCUGGAAUGAUCCUGGGAAAAGCACCAACCAAGAGCUGACCCUUAUCUACAGCCACCAUUUUCCAAAUCUGAUUUUUCUUCUGAGUGUCCUCAGCCUGCAAGGACAUCAUCAUCUCCAAAAUAUCCCUUUUCCAUGGGAAAUGGCUUUGGAAGGGCAUCCAGCAGGGUCAGGCAUGUCAUUCCUCCACCCUGGGGAGAAGGGACCAGGAGGUGACCCCGGGACUGGGGACACCCACCAGAGCACUGCCAGCAGUGGGGACAGCCCCAGCCCCCUGUCCUGGGACCCACCGGGCUGAGCGCAGAGGAAGCGACUGGGGGAGUGGAUCUGGGGCUUUUCCCUCUGCUCUAGACCAGCGCUGGAGGUGUUGGUGCCUGCUGGCCAGCCUGGCUGGGAGGGGACAGCUCCCAGAGCCUGUCCCUUGCCCAGCCCUCCUGCAGCAACGGGCUCACGUGGAGCAUCCCCCCAGGAGGGACCGGGCUGCAGAUCCAGCACCACGUCCCUCGCCCAUGGCACAAGAGCUGCUGACCUCAGCUGGAGCUGCCACACAGCCCGUGGGGAUCCCCAGAGCAAGGAAAAACACCCCAAAUCGCUGAGGCCAGUGGGGCUGGAGGCAGCUCGAGACCCUCCAGCCACCCUCCAUCCCGCCUGCCCUGAAGCAGGGUGGGGUUUUGUGGCCCCAGCCCCGUGGGAAGCAGCCCUGCUCCCCCUCCCAUGCAGCUCUCCAGGAGGAGGCUGUUCCUGAAUGCACAAAAUGUGGGAGCCCGAGAAUGCCUGCGAGAAGCUCCUGUGCCCCCCAGGUCCCACCGGUGAGCUCCCGGCUCCCUGCCGUGCCCACCGUGGGUUUACCUCCACCCUGGGGAGCCUGGCACACUCCUGACCCAGGGGCAAGAGGAGCAAGGGAUGCCCCGACCAGCAAAAAACCACCCAGCAGAGCUACAACCCCCAGGGACCGUCUGGAGCAGGAGCCUGGCCCAGUGGAGAUGGCAGCACCACAGCACAGGGACUCACGGAAUCCCUUGAAAAGAAAAACAAAACAAAGAACCUAUUUAUUUCUAUAAAGAGAAGAAGGCAAAAAAAAAGAUUUUAAAGGAAAAUUAUAUACUCAGCAUGUUUAUACACUCUAUGCUUAAAGACUCUCAUGGCCCAGAGUGGUGGCCCAAGCCUGGAGGUGGCUGCUCCGGGUGUGCCUGGAGCCCCUCCCGGCUCCUGGGGCUGUGGGGAGGGCGAGGAUGAGGUGAUGGGAAGAGGAGAGGUGUGAGGACUCUCAGAGAAGCCUUCUGUGCCAGAAGAAGGGGUCAGCGAGUCGCUGCGUGUGUGGUGGCCUUGGUGACCUUGUGACACCCCCAUCCCUGCGCUGCCCCCGGGGCUUUGGAGGCACGGCAGGACCCUCUCCUGGAUUCCUGGUGCAUCCCAGGACCCUCUCCUGGAUUCCUGGUGCAUCCCAGGACCCUCUCCUGGAUUCUUGGUGCAUCCCAGGACCCUUUCCUGGAUUCCUGGUGCAUCCCAGGACCCUCUCCUGGAUUCCUGGUGCAUCCCAGGACCCUCUCCUGGAUUCUUGGUGCAUCCCAGGACCCUUUCCUGGAUUCCUGGUGCAUCCCAGGACCCUCUCCUGGAUUCCUGGUGCAUCCCAGGACCCUCUCCUGGAUUCCUGGUGCAUCCCCAGGACCCUCUCCUGGAUUCCUGGUGCAUCCCAGGACCCUCUCCUGGAUUCUUGGUGCGUCCCCAGGACCCUCUCCUGGAUUCCUGGUGCAUCCCAGGACCAGAUCAAACCCUCACCUCUCCUCGGGGCAUUCCCAGAAAACCCAGCUCAGCAAAGGCACCUUUUUCCACAAAUCCUCUGAUGACACAAGACCUUGAGCAGGUUCAAGGAUUAGAAGAUGGAAAGUGGGGGUUUCUUCCUGUUUUGCUUGGGCUUGAAUGGAUCCCUUCCUCAUCCUCCUCCUCCUCGGCUGGGGAUGAAGCUGGCACAGUGACAGGAGCGGUGGGAAGGAGGGCCCUCCUGGUGGCUCCUAAUUGCCCAGCUUGUUAACGAGCUCAUUAACGGCUCUGAAAUGUCAGAGGAUCCUGCCCCUGCUGCCUCCUCUGCCCUGUCCCGCCGGGGGGUGGCUCCCCAAGGCCCCAUCCCCGCGGGAGGCUCCGGCCACCCUGGCCCCGGAUUCAGCCCUGGAUUCACCGGAGCCUCGGCCCCAUCUCCUCUGGAAGCGAUGGGAACACCCAGAAAUGCCGAAUUUCCUGGGAAAGCCUUGAAGCCACCCAGCCCGUUCAGCUCAGCCCCGAGGAGAAGUGCCAGAGGGGCUCUGCGAUGACAAUCCCAGUGAAAUCCAGGGAUCCGGGGACAGACUGGGGUCCCAGCCAUGGCCACAGCUGGCAGCAGCUGGAUGGACAGUGGUUCUGAGCCUGGCUCCUGCAGGACCGGUUCUGGGGAGGUUUAUUCCUUUUCUCGUGGUUUUCCCAAGGUUUCCCCGUGGCUGACAUUGCCAGCAUUCCCCUUCCCUGCGUUCGGGGCUGGCCAGGGAUUGUCACCAAAGGCAGCUCGGGGGCCAAAGCCAUCCCAGAUCCCUGGGUUUGUGUCUCCCGGGGCUGGAUUUCCCUGGCUCCCCUCACGCCCAGCCCCAGGGAUGCUCUGGGGAUCAGGGGCCUCCUCCUGCCUUGUCCCUCUGCCUUGGGGCUCCAGGGUGUCAGGGGCUGGGGAAAUGGGACCCCCAGACUGGCUCUGCCCCACCAGGGUCUUAAACUGCUCUGUCCCUCUUCCUGCCAGGUGUCCUGGUCCCUGCUGCCACCAAGGGCAGGGCCAUGGCAGGGGCUUGUCUGGAUCGCCCAGAGGAGCCUGGAUUUAGGGAAAACAGAACAAGAACAAACCAGAAGUGUUGGUAAUGGCUCCUGAAGAGGUUAAUAGAUGUUUUCCUUCAGCUUUUAGGGGAGGCCCCAGCCCAGGAGUUGGAACAUUGCUUCAGCCUCAUUUUGGGGUGAGAAAAAGCAGGAUGAGGUGGAGCAAAAGCAUUUGGGAAUUGGUGCCAAAUGAGAAAGUGCUUUAAGAGGGAAAAAAUCCCAGGGCACAGGGAGAUUUUGGGAAGCAGAGAUGGUUUGUUGCGAAGCAUUGCAGGGUGUUGUGAGGUGGUGAUGGACCUUCUCCAUCAGCAGGAGGCAAAAUAAUCCCUGGGGAGGGUGGGAGAGCACUGAGGGAAAGCUGCUGCAGCAGCGAGGAGGGAAAACUGCCCAAAAGCAAGGGAAAAAAAGGGAUUUUCUAAUGCAGCCUCGGGAUUGAGCCCGUGGAGGCCAACGAGGCAGGUUGGGGCCGGGGACAAGUGGGUGCAAUGGUGUGGGGCAGUUUUUGGGAAGCGAGGGGGUGAUGCACAGUUGCUUCGAGAUAAUCAGAGGAGAUAAUCAGUGCAGAGGAUAGAGAUAUAGAAAUCAGGAACUGGAAUCAUUCCCUACAGCCCUGGAUGGCAGCGGUGUACAGCGACCUCCCCUCCCCAGAGCUUCCCGUGGCCUCCCUCCCAAGUUAUUUUUUUAACUCUCUAUAAAUUUAGGUCUAUUUUAGUCUUUCUGCAGCGAUGUGCCAGUGUCUGGAGAACCAAACAUCCCUUCCUGCCCCACCCCGUGGUCCCUGGAUGCUAAACCGGGCGAGGUGUGAGAUGUGCCGAGCAGGGCUGGGUGGGCAGGGCUCGGGGCAGGGCCAGCUCCGGCCGGCCCCCGCGGGUUUAGCACUUUGGUUGGAACUCUCACCUGUAGACGCACUUUGAUGUUGUUGCUUUGAAACUUUGGCAAGUGUAAACAAUGUGUAUUUAAAGAAUUACAGAGAAACGACCCCCAGCCAAGCGUGUAAAGAGCUAUUUUAUGACUCAGUGUUGAAUAAAGACUCUGGAGAUC